UGAUGUCCCCCGACGGACCCGAGUGCAGGGGCGCUGUGGUCGGACCCGCCCCCCGGCCCCCCUCUCCCUCCAGGGCUCCGGGCGUGCGCCUCCGCCCCACCCACGCCUCAUGCCUGCCCACCCCGCCCGUGCUCUGCCCCCGCUGGUGAGGAAGCUGCCUGCCUCCCUGCCCCCGCCCGUGCCGCCGCCCCCUGCCAAGCGCCGCGUCCUCUCCAUCCUGGACAAGGCCAAGCUCGCCCUCGACCACAGCUACGGCCUGCACGAGGACGACCCGCGCCACUACCCGUUCGAGGCGCCAGAAUUCGCUUAUGACGAGUAUGCUGAUUACGGACCUGAAGAUUUUGCUGAAGUUUACAAUGGCGAAGCUUAUGAGGGGGCGGGUUCCGGGCGCUGGUUGACGUACAAGCAGACACUGCCCUCAGCCGUGGAGCGGGCAAGGUGCAGAACUUCACCUUAUGCCAGGCCUAAAUAAGGUCCAUUUUUGCCAGUCAUGAGUCUGUGCAUAAGGUCCAAAAAAUUGCCCGUCUAGAAUCUCCAUAACACCGUCGAAUGCGCCCACCGCGGCUAACUGAGCGUCGAAUGCACCAUCCUCUCAGACUUAACUUUGCCAAUUUUUGUUCAUUUUUUUAUUUGAGACAAAGUUGCAUAUGUACUAGUCAUCCUUCCUUAAAGUUCUUCUAUAAUAUUUAUUUCAUACCAUUUCAUUUCUGUAUCAAUAAUUAUAAAAAAACAAGUACUUAUUGCGACAGUCAACUAAACUUGACCUAAACAUGUCGAUCAUCCUUGGUAAGCUUUUAAUACUAUAAGUACAAAUAUGUAAAAAAAUAUAUAUAUUAUAAAUCGUUCAGUGAAACAAAAAUGGAGAUAUGUUAUUUGUCGAAUCUAAGUACAUUACCCAUUAAAUCCUCUUUUUUUCUUCUUCUCAUCCUACUUCAACAUUAAGUGUUAGAAUAUCAUAUUUUGAUGUCCAGCCAAAAACCUUGGUAACACAACUUUUCAGUGUAUCAUAUAGACAGUUGUUAGGUUCUUAGUUCUACGUCAUUUUGAGCUCUGAUUGAUAUAUAAGAAUAUACUGUCAUGAGAUGUUGAUAGAUUGUAACAAUUAUUUUGAUAAAGGACUAUAUAUUGUGUAGUUUGUGAUCGGAACAGCAUAGCGAGAGCAAUUUUUUUUCAAACAUUUUUCCAUACAUUUUUAUUUCAUGUUUUGAAUACUUAAAUGAAAACGUUUGUAGAGCAUAUACUUAUAAGUGUCUUUUUAACAUGAAAAACAAUUGCCAGAAAUGAAUGUUAUUAACAGUAUGAAAUAUAAUUCAGUGCAGGGUGACGAAGAAGUCUACGUACAGUAUACAUAUACUUACACUGGCAUGUCCUACUUUUUGGAAAAUUGCAUGUUAUAUUUUUGAAUAAUUGCUAUUUUCCUCGCUAAUCAAAAUGUAAGUAAUCGUGUUAACUAUUAUUAAUUCAUUCAUACGUCUAUGUAUAUCUCUGUUUACAUAACACACACACACACAAGAAUAUAUAUUUCUAGAGAUUACGACAACACAUUUAAUCAUAAUUGCAUUAUAUAUAUGGCGAAGGAACAAGACGAUAUUGUAAAAUACCCCAAAGAUAAGAUGAUAUCAUAAUUUUUUUUCUUCUUUUUUACUGCCUUCUUCUCGUCCUUGUUAUUAUGAUACUUUAAAAGGAAUCUCUGGCAUGCUGCUCUGAUCACUUCCGGAGGCGAUGUUUUCAUCUUCCUUUGCCGUAGAAUAGAUAGAUAGCAGAUGUUAGGGACAAAACAGUCACCAGCAGGUAUGUACUAAUGUGGUGUAUUUGUGGAAGAAAAAAAAGGAAAACAGUAAUUUCGAACCUUUGCGUCCAUUGACAAAUUAAUCAAUGAACGCAGAAAUGUAGUUUUUUUUCUCUUUCUCUUAUAUUCAUUGAUGUUAUUUGGUCUUCCCUCUUAGCGUUCUCAGUUGUUCUUUUUCUUUUUUCUUUUUUGAAUUAUUAUACCUCUAAUACUGAUAUUCAUAAAAAAAACUAUGAUAAGACAGAAGAUAUUUGUUUAUGAUAAUAUCCAAUUUAUUGCGUAUAUGUGUGUGUAUGUGUGUGUGUGUGUGUGUGUGUGUGUGUGUGUGUGUGUGUGUGUGUGUGUGUGUGUGUGUGUGUGUGUGUG